CCCAGCAUCCUGCGCUUCCCGCCACCCGCACCAUGGUGAGGAAGGCCCUCAUCCUCUCUACCUGGUUCAUCCUGGCUGGGGCCAUCCCCAUAACACUCCCGGACAUCGACUAUGAUGUACACAUUUUCAGUGUCUCAGAGUUACAGCCUGAACUAAAUCCAACCAUUGACCCAGAGUCAACCACUGACUUAUACCCCACUGAUACUGUAGAUCCAACCACUGACUUAGACCUCACUGAUACUGUAGACCCAACCACUGACUUAGACCUCACUGGUACUGUAGAGUCAACCACUGACUUAUGCCCCACUGAUACUGUACAGUCAACCACUGACCUAGACCUCACUGAUAUUGUAGACCCAACCACUGACUUAGACCUCACUGGUACUGUAGAGUCAACCACUGACUUAUGCCCCACUGAUACUGUAGAGUCAACCACUGACCUAGACCUCACUGAUAUUGUAGACCCAACCACUGACUUAGACCUCACUGGUACUGUAGAGUCAACCACUGACUUAUGCCCCACUGAUACUGUAGAGUCAACCACUGACCUAGACCUCACUGAUAUUGUAGACCCAACCACUGACUUAGACCUCACUGGUACUGUAGAGUCAACCACUGACUUAUGCCCCACUGAUACUGUAGAGUCAACCACUGACCUAGACCUCACUGAUAUUGUAGACCCAACCACUGACUUAGACCUCACUGGUACUGUAGAGUCAACCACUGACUUAUGCCCCACUGAUACUGUAGAGUCAACCACUGACCUAGACCUCAUUGAUACUGUAGACCCAACCACUGACUUAGACCUCACUGAUACUGUAGAGUCAACCACUGACUUAUGCCCCACUGAUACUGCAGAGCUGACCACUGACCUAGACCUCACUGAUACUGUAGAUCCAACCACUGACCUAGACCUCACUGGUGCUGCAGAGUCAACUACUGAUUUUUAUUUGGAGAAUACACAGGCUUUGGAAUUGUCUACUGAAGUGGGAUCUAACAUCCCCAGCAUUGCAGAAGAAGCCAGUGAGGAGGUCACAGCAAGUGCCAUUGGUGAUUAUCUAGAAGACCCCUUGGCUGAGGCACCAGAUGAGCCCAGCACCUUCAUGGAAAGCAAGGAGUUCACCUCAGUGCUUGUUUAAAAUGAAGCAGAUUCUCUGUUGGCUGUGAUCUUGACUCCGCUAACUACAACUUUCUAAGAAGAGUGUGAGUUUCUGCACAAGCCUGCUAUUCCAUUAUAGGAGUCUGAAUAACUGGAAAAGACGAGUGAGCCUUAGUUUAUACCCAGCUGAGGAUAAACACAGUGGAGAGAAUUGUCCACAGACAGAGGAUGCGCAUUUCUUAUCCAUGUCCAUUUAAUAUGAGGUCAAUAAAUGUUCAUGAGACAACAGAA